AUGGAGAAAGUGGUCCAUGACAUUCAGUAUUGUUGGUGUGGAGUUGCACAAGGCAAACCUGCAGGCCAUGAGGCCAUGGAUAUUCAUUCUUUAAGGGUUCUUGUUGUGGAGUCGUUGGUGCCGCUAGGGCUUCGGAGUGUGUUGUUUGGGAGUGCUACGUUGGAGCAGUUGGUUGAGUUUUGUGGAAGGGAGGGUGGUGGUGAUGCUGCUGAGGUGGCGUUUGGGGUACUUGUUCGGGUUUGUACUGAUCCUUGCAAUGGUUUGAUGCCGGAUUCAAAAAUGCGGUUGAGGGGCAAUACUAAGAGGGUCUUAGACCUCAUGAAGAAGCUCCGGGUGACGGAAGUUCAGUAUCAUAGGGACUUGUUUUUUUGCUAUUGUUGA